GAACCAUAAAGCCAGGCCCAGUUCUCAACCUCAUGCCUGCCACAAUGUUGCUGCUCAGCCUGCUCCUUACCCUGGUCCUCCUUGGCUCCUCCUGGGGUUGCAGCGUUCCUGCCAUCAGACCGGUGCUGAGCUUCAGCCAGAGGAUUGUCAAUGGGGAGAACGCAGUGCUGGGCUCGUGGCCCUGGCAGGUGUCCUUGCAGGACAGCAACGGCUUCCACUUCUGCGGUGGUUCCCUCAUCAGCCAGUCCUGGGUGGUCACUGCUGCCCACUGCAAUGUUGUCCCUGGCUGCCACUUUGUCAUCCUGGGCAAGUACGACCUAUCAUCCAGCACUGAGCCUUUGCAGGUUCUGUCCAUCUCGCGGGCCAUCACGCACCCUUUCUGGAACCCCACCACCAUGAACAACGAUCUGAUGCUACUAAAGCUCGCCUCCCCAGCCCAGUACACAACACGCAUCUCACCAGUUUGCCUGCCUUCCUCAAAUGAGGUGCUGCUUGACGGCCUCACCGUCACCACUGGCUGCGGCCGCCUCAGCGGUGUGGGCAGUGUGACUCCCGCAAGCCUGCAGCAGGUGGUUCUGCCCCUGGUCACCGUGAGUCGGUGCCAGCAGUACUGGGGCUCACGCGUCACCAACUCUAUGAUCUGUGCAGGGGCCUCGGGCCUCUCCUUCUGUCAGGGUGACUCUGGAGGCCCGCUUGUCUGCCAGAAGGGGGACACGUGGGUGCUCACUGGUAUUGUCUCCUGGGGCACCAAUGACUGCAACGUGCGCGCGCCUGCCACGUACACUCGGGUUAGCAAGUUCAGUACCUGGAUCAAUCAUAGCCUACAACGGAGCCCACCACAGGCCCUCUUCCCAUCUCAGUCCAAUAAAAGACCCCAGGCUCUGUCCUCUUGUGUAUGCCUGUCUGUCUUCCUGGUUCAGGGAAAAGGAGAGGCUCUUGGGGGCCCCACUCCCCAAGCGGACUUUGUCUUCUGGCACGGCAGGUGUUGA